AUGCCUUCAGCCGUCAAAGGCAUUUUGACCAAGUUCGAGGCAUGGCUGGAGGACACCUUUGGAGGCACUGGGGAUCCAGAGCAGCCAGACGCUGUCGAGAUCUGCAACUCGGAGUGUGACUACCUGGCCACCAAUUUUGACCAAGACCGCGCGGAGCUCAAGGCCAUCUUUGAGGGAGUCAAGACACGGCUGGAGAAGGUUGACCCAAGCUUCCAGUUUUCUCGCAGAGCAGCUGAGACCACAGUUCCAGCAGUGCCAAGUCCGAACGAGACUGUUGAGCUCUUCCUGAACCCAUGGCACCUCAGCUUUGACCCUGCCCUCUCCCUCAAGGGUAAGUCCAAGAUGGUGCACGUGCUCCGGUGUGUGCGCGACUUCCUUGAGAAACCGUACAACUCCAUCGAAAACCCCAUCCAUGUCACCUUCCCCAAGAGCAUCCAUGUGGAGGGGGGGGCCCUGCAGGACUUCAUGGUUGGCCAUGGCAUUGGCUUUGCGAAGAGCUUGGCAAUGAAGAUCUUGCUCCUGGGGGUGAACCACCUGGAGCUCAGCGACGAUGAGCUCAAAGCCUUGAGCCCCCAAGUUAAAGCUUUGUAUGGCUUCCGUUGCACUUACAAGACCGCAGGGCAGGAGCGGCAGGAUCGCUUCGCGUGCUUGCAGGACAAGUUUGCCGAGUCUGCGCGUCCCCGGCCUGACUGCAUCCAGGUCUCCAACCUCCUGCUGGUCCAGGCGCGCGCGGAUGGAAUGGACUGGGCAGAGGCUGCACCGAAGCUGGUGGCUGAGUUCAACAGCAGCUCCGAGAACGAGGUGAAACAGCUCACUGACAUGGAAAUCAGCAUAGUGAAGACGCUGCCCCUGCUGGACGCCGACACGUUCCAAGCCAUAGACUACCACUGGCAGACCAACUUGAUCAGAAAUAGCGCUCUCCCAUACAAGGUGCUGGCUGCAGAUGCCUUCUUCAACGGCUUGAAGCCCAAGACGAACCAGGACUCCGAGCUCUGGCGCAACAUCCUGGCUGUUGACAACCGGAAGAGGCAUCGGUAUGUCAAGCGCAAGGUGCGGUACUUUCUCUUCAAAGUUGCAGACGCCAAGAGGCUCAAGAAGAAGGUGAACUUGAGCCUUGGGGCCUCCAGCUUCCGCGAUCAAAAAGAUGGCGAGACUGCUUGGGCGAUCGCUGCCAUCUUUUCCCACUUCCUGGGUGAGUGGCAGCACCUCCUCACAGACAAGGCUGUGGCCCGCUUGCAGGAGAGGUUCUGCCGCGGCGAUCUCGACACAGAGCUCACUGAGAAGCACCGCAUGAUGAACCCAAAGCUCACUGCUGUGCAGUUUCGAUUUCUGGCUGACGUUGGCUUUCAGGGUGCGCUGGAUCCGGAGUGCAAGGAUGACAUGGAGGCCAAGGCCAACUCAGACCUGGAGAAAGCGGAGCUGGCAAGAGCCAAGGCCAGGCUUGCAAAGGAGCAGUCUUAUUGGGAGACGUUCCAGGCAAAGCUUGAAGAAUUCAAGCUUCAGGGCCUGGGCCUGCAGCAGGAGCAGCUGGACAAGGAGCGACAGGGGCAGCGCAAGGCCAUCGAGCGCUACGCGGACACCUUUUUCCCGCUGCGUGACUUGGGGGACGUCUCUCAUGGUGGGACCUUCUCAGAGGCUGCCAUCAACAAGUUUUGCAAUGACCAGGGCCUCCCCAUGGACCCAGUGUACAAAGUGUACUGGUGCAACUGCACUGUCCUUGGGUAUGACGCGCAGGCUGGCAUGCAAGCUGCAGUCAAGGAGUACGCAGCACAGAUUGCAUCCAGCCCUGAGACAAGCUGCGUGUUGGUGGCUUACAACGAGGCGGCGACCAUCGAGGCCACCAACCAGACCCGGCAGAUCCUGGCUGACCCCGACUAUCGCCUGCUUGUUCGAGAAGUUCACCUUGCCUUCGACCCCGCCUCCAUCCAGAUGCAGUCCAAGCGCCCUGGGCUGCACAAGUUCUUCAUGUGCAUCUCAGACCAAAGCAGCGGCGACAAGGUGCUGAGCCACUUUUGCCCAAAGCCUUCUGUGGAAGCGGCAGAUUGUGCCUGGGGCAAUCAAGGAUGCGGCAAGCGUCCCCAUGCUUGCCGUCAAAAACAUGGUGGACCCCCGCCGGAGCUUCGCCACCUGUGGUGGCAACCUGGGCUUUGA